UAUUGGGUCAAAACCCUAGACGGACGGAUCGAGCAGAAUUAUCCACUCCGCCCGCUACCCAGAUUCGCUGCCGGCGGUGCCUCGAUUCCUCACUUCAAUUGCCAAUUGCCUGCCUUAUUCUGUGUCCGUUGUUCUGCUGAUUUGAUUUUUGGGAACUUUGGUGGGUGGCUGGGUGGGAUGGAGCUGAAUUCUGCCGGCGGCGGAGGGGGAAACGAUGUAGAGUUGCUUAGCAAAACACUGCAGGUGGAGCACAAGCUGUUUUACUUUGACCUCAAGGAGAAUCCGCGGGGGCGCUACCUCAAAAUCUCUGAGAAGACUUCCGCCACCAGAUCCACCAUCAUAGUUCCCUCCAAUGGCGUCGCCUGGUUCCUCGAUCUCUUUAAUUACUACUUGAACUCCGACGACCAGGACGCCUUAAGCAAAGAGCUCCAGCUCGAUUCCAAGGUAUUCUAUUUCGAUGUUGGGGAUAACAGAAGAGGUCGCUUUCUCAAAAUAUCUGAAGCUUCUGUGAGUCGAAACCGCAGCACUAUUAUCGUUCCUGCCGGCGCCGGCCGAGACGAAGGCUGGGCUGCCUUUAGAACUAUUUUGGCUGAAAUCAGUGAAGCAGCGAGGCUUUCCGAUCUGCCGAAUCAGCUGGAAUCUGAACUUGCGGGGCUAUCGGACGAUGUAGGGGCUGGUUUUAUCUCCAGCCGUAGCUCUCAAGCUGCUGCUGCUCCAUCCAUGGAGUUGAAUGUUGAUCGCUCUUCUGAUCUGCCGCCACUCGAUGACUCGACCGAUUUGGGGGUCUCCAAAGUGAUUCGAGCUGAUCAGAAGAGGUUUUUCUUUGAUCUCGGUAGUAAUAACAGAGGCCAUUUCUUGAGGAUAUCGGAGGUCACUGGUUCAGACCGCUCCUCCAUCAUUCUCCCGCUGUCUGGCUUAAAGCAGUUCUACGAAAUGGUCGGCCAUUUUGUUGAGGUUACAAAAGAUCGAAUUGAGGGGAUGACUGGUGCAAAUGUUCGAACAGUGGACCCUCCUCCAAGGUGAACUAUGUCGUUAGGCAGUUUUUUUGGCACAAUUGCGAUCUGUGGCACCAAGGAUUGUGGUCGGCUGCUUGAAAGUUGUUGGGCUGUGUUACAUUUCGAAGAAUGUGUUUGUUUCUUCAAUCGGACACCAUUUCUGAAAGCUUAUCUGCUCCUUUAUAUAUAGGAUUGAUAUAUAUAUAGGCAUAUAUAAAUGAAUAAGUAGGCUCUGCGCCGAAAGAAGGUAUAUUCUCAUGCAUAUCUCCUAUUUUCUGAUAGAAUGCUAGUGUAUUAAUUUAUUAUCUUCUGUAUUAUCAACUACAAAAGGAUAUGAGCGUUGCGCUCUGCUUUUAUAUUCUUUUGAGCAUGUAUACGUGAUUCGGCAUACACCUUCUGGUCAGAUUUAAAGUGGUAUUGUGACACCAUUUUUACUUA